AUCAAAGCAGAAAAGCUCUUUUGUUAAAAGUAUAGGCCCAUAUUGUAUGGCCCAAAAUAAAAGCCAUUUAAUGGGUUUCAGAUUUACGGCGAGUCCCCAGAGAGUCCACCAUCUCGUGGAGAGGAUCCUCUUCGUCGCCGUCGCUCGGAAAACACACGCCUUCAAUUUUUCUCCGCGGAAUGCGAUCGAGUGCCUUGGUAAACUAGAUUAAUCUCUGCUAUGUCGAAUUGGAGACAUAAACUAUGGAGAAAAUUGAGCUCAUUUCAGAGAGCUAGUUACUCAACUACAUCUUCAAGAAACAACAAAUUAAAGCUUGAUGACCUUAGAAAACUCCGGCCAAUGAUUCUAAAGAGAAUCGAAAAUCGAGCUAAAGAUUACCCGGUUAAAGAGAUUGUUCCUGUAGCUGAAGAAAUCCUUAUAGCUAGAAAGAAUCUAAUCAGUAACAUCGCCGCUCUUCUUAAGGUGUUUCCUGUCUUGACAUGCAAAUUCUGUUCAGAAGUGUUUGUUGGCAAAGAAGGACAUUUGAUUGAGACAUGUCGUAGUUAUAUACGGCGUGGUAACAAUAGGCUACACGAAUGGGUUCCAGGUUCCAUAAACGAUAUACUUGUGCCAGUUGAAUCCUAUCACUUACACAACAUCUCUCAAGGUGUUAUCAGACACCAAGAGAGGUUUGAUUAUGAUCGUGUUCCCGCAAUCUUGGAACUAUGUUGUCAAGCAGGAGCCAUCCAUCCUGAAGAAAUCCUUCAAUAUUCGGAAAUUCACGAUAACCCGCAAAUCUCUGAGGAAGAUAUCAGGAGUUUACCCGCUGGAGAUCUCAAAUAUGUUGGGGCAAACGCUCUUAUGGCGUGGGAGAAAGUGAGAGCUGGUGUGAAGAAACUAUUGCUUGUUUAUCCUUCAAAAGUUUGCAAACGAUGUAAGGAGGUUCAUGUGGGUCCGAGUGGUCAUAAAGCUCGGUUAUGUGGUGUGUUCAAAUAUGAGAGCUGGCGCGGCACUCAUUACUGGGAAAAAGCCGGUGUGAAUGAUUUGGUACCCGAGAAAAUGGUGUGGCACCGGAGGCCUCAGGACCCAGUGGUUCUUGUUGACGAAGGGCGGAGUUAUUAUGGGCAUGCCCCUGCUAUUGUGAGCCUUUGUAGCCAUACCGGUGCCAUUGUUCCUGUAAAAUACGCUUGCAAGAUGAAGCCCCAAGGUUUAUCUUUUUCUUUCACUAAUCCAGUUCCAAAUCUCGAAACGUAGAGUAGUAUAAGUAUAACCACUGGCUUUCGUCCGGUUAUGUGAUUGGUUUGGUCUUUGGCAUUACUGUCUAUUUUUGAACCAGACUAAGCUAAACAAAAUCGAGGUGUUGUAGUCUUUUUGUCUAUUGGUGUUCUCUGUACUAAACCUUCAAGUCUUCAACCACAUGAAGUCUCUUUUGGCGUUUUGGGAAUGAACUCCACAUGAAAUUAACUCCAUGUGUGAUACAACGUUAAUGAUAAUUUACAGUCUCAUAGGUACAUGCAUGUUACCAAAAGUCAUUUGAUGGGUUCAGAUUCUAAUUUUCUACUUCUUUUUUUUCUUAGUUAGUAGGUACUUAUAAUUAGGGUUUGCUUACG